CCUUUUAUAGUUAUUUCUCGCCUGGCACUCGCCGGGGCCGCCACUCCUGCUGCUGCUGCUGCUGCUGCUGCUGCUGCCGCCGCGGCGGGGGCCGCUCGCGAACCUGUGGCGGUGACGUGAGCCCCGCCAACCCGGAAACGGCGGCGGCGGCACCGGAGGCUCCCGAGGCUCCUGCGCUCCCGCCCGCGCUCCCCUCGCCCGCCCGGGGCCGCCAGGAAAAGAAACUGAGGCCAGGAGCUGAGUAAUUCAUUCAAGGUUAUUACCAAGUUGAUAGAAGGACAAGGACAGAAUCACCAGCACUGGCUGAAGCUCUCUUUGAAUAAGAGAGGUACCUUAACAUGGGGAAUCUUCUUAAAGUUUUGACAUGCACAGACCUUGAGCAGGGGCCAAAUUUUUUCCUUGAUUUUGAAAAUGCCCAGCCUACAGAGUCUGAGAAGGAAAUUUAUAAUCAGGUGAAUGUAGUAUUAAAAGAUGCAGAAGGCAUCUUGGAGGACUUGCAGUCAUACAGAGGAGCUGGCCAUGAAAUACGAGAGGCAAUACAGCAUCCAGCAGAUGAGAAGUUGCAAGAGAAAGCUUGGGGUGCUGUUGUUCCACUAGUAGGCAAAUUAAAGAAAUUUUAUGAAUUUUCUCAGAGGUUAGAAGCAGCAUUAAGAGGCCUUCUGGGAGCCUUGACCAGUACCCCGUAUUCCCCUACCCAGCAUCUAGAGCGAGAGCAGGCUCUUGCUAAACAGUUUGCAGAAAUUCUUCAUUUCACACUCCGAUUUGAUGAACUCAAGAUGACAAAUCCUGCCAUACAAAAUGAUUUCAGCUAUUAUAGAAGAACAUUGAGUCGUAUGAGGAUUAAUAAUGUCCCAGCAGAAGGAGAAAAUGAAGUAAAUAAUGAAUUGGCAAAUCGAAUGUCUUUGUUCUAUGCUGAGGCAACCCCAAUGCUAAAAACCUUAAGUGAUGCUACAACAAAAUUUGUAUCAGAGAAUAAAAAUUUACCAAUAGAAAAUACCACAGAUUGUUUAAGCACCAUGGCUAGUGUAUGCAGAGUCAUGCUGGAGACUCCGGAAUACAGAAGCAGAUUUACAAAUGAAGAGACAGUGUCAUUCUGCUUGAGGGUAAUGGUGGGUGUCAUAAUACUCUAUGACCAUGUACAUCCAGUGGGAGCAUUUGCCAAAACUUCCAAAAUUGAUAUGAAAGGUUGUAUCAAAGUUCUUAAGGACCAACCUCCUAAUAGUGUAGAAGGUCUUCUAAAUGCUCUCAGGUACACAACAAAACAUUUGAAUGAUGAGACUACCUCCAAGCAAAUUAAAUCCAUGCUGCAAUAACAGUUCUGGAGUCAGCGUCUGCUGCAGACUGAAGACAGUAUUCUGCAAUGACUGAGAAUGCACAGUUUUUUAGUGAUUGCAAUUACUAUCUCAUUUAUUCUUGCUUUCAUUUCUUUUCUCUGUUCCUCUUCCCACUUUUUUAAUCAUGUUCUUGUUCUUAAGACUUCUUUUCUGUGCCAAAAUCAGUAAAGUUCUACUCUGAAGGGAGAUUGUCCUUUCAAACAGGCCAUCUAAGGCAGCUAAUUAUGCAUUGCAUUGGAGUCUCUACUGAGAAAAAAAUCUGUGACUUGAACUAAAUAUUUUUAAAUGUGGAUUUUUUUUGAAAAACUAAUAUUUAAUAUUGCUUCUCCUGCAUGGCAAAACUGCCUAUUCUGCUAUUUAAAAGCCCUCAAUGACUUUAUUUUCUACUGCCGCUUUUUUCAUGUGCAGCCAAAAUGAAAAUGUUUAAAUUAACUGUGUUGUACAAAUGGUACCCAACACAAACUUUUUUUAAAUUAGUAAGACUUUUGUUUAAAGGUUUAAGUUUGCAUUUUGACUUUUUUUGUAAGGAUGUAUGUUGUGUGUUUAACCUUUAUUAACUAACGUUUAAAACUGUGAUGUGUGCGUAGAAUAUUACGUAUGCAUGUUCAUGUUUAAAGAAUGGCUGUUGAUAAAAUAAAAAUCAGCUUUCCUUUUUCUAAGUGUGGCUUGGUUUACUGAGGUUUUGUUUUUAGGCUUCUGAAGUUUUCCCUGUGUAUAUUGUUAUGGAAUGAAUAUACACAUUACAUUAUUUUCUUUAUUUUAGCAGCUAGCUGGGUCUUUUCAGUUGUAUGUUUCAUCAUUUUCUAUGUACAUAAUCUUAAUUGCUUUUAAAUCUUUGCUGUGUAUGAUAAGUCCAGUGAUCGUGUUAUUAACUUCUAUUCUGAUGUAUUCUUCUACGGACAUAGUAACUGAUGGAAAACCACAUGUGCUUGAUUCCCAUUCAGCAGUGAGAGGGCAGCAACACGAGCAAGGGGUGUGGCAGGAAGAGGAGCCCUUGACAUUGGAGGAGAGUGAAUAUAAGAGGGACUUCCCAGGAGGAAAUUGAAGACUAUGAUCUCACUAGUCGUAGGAAACUAACAGGGUUUUAGUUUAAGGUCAUAAGGCUGAAAUCAUGAAAUUUAAAUCUCAUGGUUGUGAGAAGCCCCUUGAAUGCCAGUGGUUUAGUGACAAGAGUAUCUGAGGUGUGGUAGAGAGUCACAGAGGCUUUCCAUCAAGACCUUCUGAGCCGUUCAUGAUUGAAUCUCUGCUGACUUCUCUGGCCUCCUGCUCACUGCUCUCCGACUUCGCAUCCUGUUCUCCAGUCAAGUUCAACUACUUGCAGUUUACAGGUCAUUCUGUGCAAUGUUGCUUUAUAACUCUGCUCUGGCUGGAACCUGAACUUGACUUCUCCUUUCUCCCUCUUGUCCAUCUGACCAACAGUAACUAUCAUCUUUUAAGGAUCAGCUUUCUGGAUAAUGUUGACCCUGUCUUCUAGGCAUCUUCUAAGAGUAUCUUUAUGGUUUGAAUAGUGGGUCCCAAAAGAUAUGUCUUAUCUGGAACCUGCAAAUCUGACCUCAUUUGAUAAAAGGGUAUGUGCAGAUGAAAUUAAGGACCUAUAGAUGACAUCAUCUUGGAUUAGGAUGGACCCUAAAUACAAUGACAUUCCUUAGAGAAAAGAAGGAGCAACACAAAGAGUGGAGGCCAAGAGUGUGGAGGCAGACUUGCAAUAUUCUACAAGCCAAGGGUGUCUGAAAAUUCUUGGGCCAAAGAAGUUAGUAGGAGAGUCGUGGAACAGCCUUCCUCAGAGCCUCCAGAAGAAACCAACCCUGCUAAUAUUUUGAUUCAGACUUCUAUCGUCUAGGAUGGUGAAAAAUGAAUUUCUGUUUUAAGCCACCUCGUUUGUGGUGAUUUAUUGUAGCUGUCCUAAGAAUCUAAUACAACUGUCUCAUAAAACACCCCUGAUAUUUAACUGCACUUUUGGAUCUCUUUCCUGAUACUGUGAGAAGCAAAGUGUCUGGAUGCUGAGAUGACUACAUGAGAACUUGAGUGAAGAGACAGGCUUUGAUUUUCCUUCAAUAUCCCGAGGAAGGACCUUGUACAGUAUCCAGAUUGGAAUAGAUGCCAAGUGAGUGCUUGAGUGGAAGGAGUGAAUACAAAUAAAAGAAGUAAUGAUUCUGCUGAAAUGGAUGUAGUAAUACUGCUAUGGCCUGUUGAGGUGACAUCGGUUCAUGCUCGCAUGUCGAAGAGUGUGUGGAUAGCCAGGGGUCAGCAAACCAAUCUGCAGGCCAGUCUACCACCAUCUGUUUCUACACAUCCUAUGAACUUAAGAAUGGUUUUUAAAAGGUUGAAGAAAAUCAAAAGAAUAACAAAUGUUUUUUAAAAGGUUGAAAAAAAUAUUUUGUAGCAUGAGCAAAGUAUAUGAGACUCAAAUUCCAAUGUUCAUAAAUAAAAUUUUAUUGAACAUAACCUCACUCAUUUGUUUACAUAUUAUUUAUGGUUACUUUCUCAUUGUAGUGGCAGAAUUGAAUUGUGACAGAGGCCAUAAUGUUUGCUCUAAACAUUGUCCGACUACAGAAUUUGGCUGUCCCUGCCCUAGUUAACAAGAGCAGGUCUGUUUGAAUCUGUAGUCAUGGAAGUAGCACUGCAGUGUAAAUAGAAGGAGCCGCCUCUGCUGCCAGGGGUGGGCUCAAUUUCAGGUCUGAUGUUUGUUGUUCAGAUAGUCAAAGAAAGUAGACAUCUUCUCUCCUGCUAAAUCUGACCUCUGCUCCUGUGUCUGCCCUCCAAAUGAAGGAUUCUGGGGCUGGGUACAGGCUUAUUAGUAAAGAGGAUCUGUUAGGGUUUUCUUUGCCCACUGGAGGGAUGUUGGUGCCAUUCUGCUUUAUGUAAAUCUCUCCAAGCUGGCCUCUUUUUAUCCCCUUGUACUUUUAUAAAGCGCAUCUCUGUUUGUGUAUCCCUGCUCAUCCUGUUUCUGGCCCUGGCCUUUUCACGGUAGUAAAUAAGCCAUUGCAUCAUUUCUUCUGCCCACCAUACUCUUGACUGUCUUUCCCAGUGCCCAUUUUUGCAGCCCUCAAUAUGGAUAAGAGACACUUUCCAAUAGACACUUUCCAAUUGGCUGAUUCUUAGCUUUAUAAAGACUGAUUAAAAGGCAUUCUGCACUACUUAAAGAUUGCCCAAAGUAUUUUAGACUUGUCUUAAGAAUAAUUGGCAUUUUUACUUAAGUGUAGAUCUUUUCACUUGAAAUUCCAUACUGGUUCCAUUUAAGAUUUCAGUAACUGCCACUCCAGAAAUUCUUAGAAUCUCUUACAGAGCAUAUUUACAACAAAAUAAAAUCUUCAGAAUAAAAUACAAUUAUAGAAGAUGUAGUGGGAAGAUCUAUGGUUGAGGAGUCUUCAGACACUAGCAUGUUACUACUCUUAACAUUGUACUGUCUGCAAAGGCAAUGAUAGUGUGAAUAGUUAAAAACCAGGCUUUCGUCAUUGGGCUUGUGUAUUCUGGCCUCCUCUAAUUGAGUGACUUAGUCUUCUGUCCUUAUAAAACGGAAUACCCAAAAUACAUUUCCAAGGUGGCUGCUAGUUAAUGCUGUUAAUGCCCUAUGCAUCCUGGAAGGAUAAUUCUGAUCCUCCUUACUUUAACUGUAGUCAGUUUCAGCUGUGUCCAUCAUGUAGUUGAUGAAAUAGUUCUAACUACAUAAUAGGGUGCUAGAUGAUGCUUCACAAUCUUAAUGCUUUACAGGUCCUAUAACUGAUUAACUGUGAUAGCACUAGUGUCGCAAAAGGACAGGCACAUUGCCUGUGCCUGCAUAUUUAGAACUAAAACUUGUUACAAUUACUUCUUAAAUUUUUUGCUGUACUAGGAAAUUGAGCAAGGCUUGCUAGGCAAGCACUCUACCACUGAGCUACAUCCUCAGGCCAAACAAUUGUUUUAAACAUCAAGCUCCAGGUUCACAAGCAAUCUUUAGGUUAAUAGUAAGGACCUAUUUGUAGCCACAGAUAGCCUGAGCCCUAGGAGGGCUGAGAACCUGCAGUUUUCCUGAGUAUACAGGGAGAACAUUCUGGACCAGAAAUACAUUCUCCAGUGUCUGUUUUGAAUUUUCUGUUGACAAAAAUCCUGGAUAUUUCAAGUACUUUAUAAUUCCCAAAGAUAAAACCAUGAGGUAGGAAACAUAGUAUGGCUCUGGUAAGUCAUAUAUGCUCGGGCCACUUCUAGGUAACUGCUGUGGAGUUAGUGUGCCUUGCAGUGCCUCCUGAAGUGGAUGGUAUGCCAAGUUGUCAAGGUUUCGCAUCUGGAUGUUAGCUGUGGCUCUGUAGAUGUAAAACGUGGGUGAGUCCACUGUGUAUUUGGCAUACAAAGCAACCUUUUCCUAUCUCUUUGAUGCGCAACCCUGUAAGGCUGUGUCUCUUUGAAUAUGCAGUUUUCUUUCUGGUCUUCCUGAGCUCCAUUCCCACCCCAGCCCCUGCCUGGGGAAGUAAAACUGUUGGAUCAGUUUGCUUGACAGCAAUCCUAAGGAUGCUGUUUUCCUGUUACCAACUUUGGGCAGUUCCAUCUGAACAUCCCUCGCAUUUGGAAUUAAAGUGAUUAUGUGGUUUCUAUUAAACACCUGCUUCCCCCCACCCACUGGGUGCUCAGUUCCCUAAAAAUGGGUUGUCUGUUCCCUGUACUGUUGUAUUCCUAGUGUCUUGAGGUCACAUCACUAUAUUAUAUGGUACCGUGGAAGGUGCCAAAUGCUCUGGGAAAGCUCAGAUUGGGAGAGGCAGUUUGCAGUUUAACAAGGUGUAAUAAAAGUACAUGUGAACCAAGACAGGAAGGAGGAAAAGCAGUUAACAGGUAGGGACCCUGAGAAUUCCUUCUACAAAGAGCUGAAAGCACCAUGUUGGAGCUGCAGAAGGCCAGUGGGGCUGGAGCAGAGGGGAGGGGUCAGAUCACUUAAAGCCAUCCAGGCCACCUGGAAACUGACUAUAGCUCUGAGGCAAACUCUGUUGCUUAGAGCAAACAAGUGACAUGAUCUGAUCUGUUUGAGAAGCUUCAUUCCAAAUAGAGACCAGUUAAGCAGUUGCUGGAUUUGAGACAAUAAAAGGAUGGCAGGUUGUUGCAAUGGCCAUGAUGAGAAGUGACCACAACAAGCUUCCCAGCAGGCUGUAUGUGAACUUGUGGGGUGGAGAAUAAACGUAGCUUUUGGUCUGAGUACCUGGGAGGAUGGAUGAUGAAGAGAGGCAGAAUUAUAGCAGACUUUGCAGGAGUGGGGAGGUUAUUUCCAGGUUCAGGUGGUACUGCCCUCUUUACUUAGUCGAGGGCAUCUGCCUGCAGAAGCAUUGGUGAGACUGGUGUGGGAGAAUUUCUCCAGACCGCAUUUAGUAGUGAGACUGGGAGGAGAGAGGGACAUGGCGGACCUACAACUGGACAGCCCAGUGCAAGGAAGACACUACUGUACCAAUUCUAGCCCCCUUUCUGCCCUUGACUGAUUUCCUGGGGCCUCAUCUUCCUUAUCUCUGUGUAGUAAAUCCCCCAAGUCUCAUUUCUACCUGCAAAAACUGCUGAGGCAAUACCAGCUUCCAGGCUCUGCUCUGUCUGCUUUGGGGAGGCCCAGGGAGGGAAGAGCUGUAAGAAGUGUCCAAAGGAAGACAAGAUUCCUAUACAAUGAGGAAUGUCUGCUUCUUUGCAGUCCUAGUGGCUGCAGGGCAGCUCACCUAAACUGCCUCUUCUUGCCGCAAGUUAGCACCUCCUGGAGACUCUGCCUUACUGCUAGAAGGGAAUUGGACAAGGGCUGUCCUGUGAGCAACUUCCUAGUAGGUCCUACUGAGACAAGAAGACAUGUCUGUUUUUGAAGUGCCAUUGUCUGUAGGCAUGCUACACAUCAGUAAACUGGGUUCCUUUUAAAUUACAGUGUU